AUGUCGGUCGAUUGCCGUGGGGAAUGGGGUGCCGGUGGAGACGUUGAUGGGGAAGCCCGGAGGCGGCGGCGACGGGCGACCGGUGCCGGCGCCGGUUCCGUGAAUUAUAUUACGGUGGAGGCUAAUGUGCCGCUGGCGCAUGCGUCGUACCAGUCUUCGCCACAGUCGUAUAUGAAAGGUCAGUAUCCGCACACUCACUACUCCACGGUGGAGCUGCCGCCCCUCCUGUACACGGAGCUGAAAGAGCGGGCUGACCACAGUCUGCAACGGGUCGAUCAACUCCUCAACCGUGUUGAACCGGAACUGCUCAAAACCGCUAAUAGCUCCGGCGCCUUCGCGUCCAUUCACGAGUCACUGGGGCGGGCUAAUACGAGGGCGAAACAGCUGUCCCGAUCGGCAUUGGUCGCUCUCGACAUUUCCAAAGGAUUGGCGCAAGAUUAUCGGCUAUCACGGGAACAAAUUCAUUAUGCACUGCCUCAAAUCAGUAUAUACGGGACAGUGCUGGGAGACGUCUGUGUGCUACCGCCUAUUCCGGCAUGUUCCUGCAAACCGGGCCGAUCGGAAAUUGACGGCUUCUGCAAUAAUCCGUAUCAUCCCGAAUGGGGACGCUCAUUUUCGGCUUUCCAACGAUUUUUACCACCGGCGUACGACGACGGCAUCGAAUCGCCACGAGCACGCGGCGUAACUGGCACCCUGCCGUCGGCGCGUCUCAUUUCCACCGUUAUGCAUCCGGAUGUGGACCGGCCGCACUGCCACUACACUCUCCUUCUGAUGCACUUUGGACAGUUUAUGGAUCACGAUAUAAAUCACACACCCACCACCACCCUCACCGGCUUCGGUAAAUCAGCUAAUAUUCAGUGCUGCGAGGUGCCCUGGGGAAUUCCCGGACAUCCGGCGUGUUAUCCCAUUGAAAUUCCGGCUGGGGAUCAGUUUUAUGCAAAAUACAAUUUGCGCUGUAUGAAUUUCGUACGAUCGGAAGCGGCGCCUCGGCCCGGAUGCGCAUUAGGGCCGCGCGAACAAAUGAAUCAGCUCACCAGUUUCAUCGACGGAAGUCAGAUUUACGGAUCAACCUAUGACGAUAUGAAGAAUAUGCGAACAUACCAGUACGGCAAACUGCGGACGGUCUUCGUCGAUUAUUGCCAUAAGGAUGUUUUACCGCCUGAUCCAGAGACCGGCGACUGUCCGGAUGCUACCGCAUCGCUGCCGUGCUUCCGAGCCGGCGACAGUCGUGUCAACGAAAAUACCGGUUUGGCCACGAUGCACAUCCUCUUCUCGCGUGAGCACAACCGCAUCGCUGAGGAACUAUACUAUAUGAACGCCCACUGGGAUGAUGAACGACUAUUCCAGGAAGCCCGAAAGAUUGUCGGCGCCAUUCUCCAGCACAUCACCUACAACGAAUGGCUACCGCUGGUGCUCGGCAAGGAUGUCAUGUACCAGAAUGACCUUUUGCCGCUGCCUACCGGCUUCUACGGCGGCUACGAUAAGACCGUCAAUCCUAGCGCCGCCAACGUCUUCGCCACCGCCGCGUUACGAUUUGGACACACGUUGAUCCCGUCGUGGUUCCGUUUCUUCAACAAAUACCACGAAUACAUCGGGCAGAAACAGUUGCGGGACGCCUUCUUCAAACCAUAUCCGCUGUAUCAGCCGGGCGUGGUGGAUAUGUAUUUGCUGGGAAUGAUCAAUGAUAACAUACAGAAACGUGAUACCUUCAUGAGCAGCGAGAUCACCGAGCACUUAUUCGAGUCGAAGCCCCAUCAGUUCGGAGUGGAUUUGGCGGCGAUUAAUAUUCAGCGUGGUCGGGAUCACGGUUUGCCCCCUUACAACGCCUGGCGGGAAUUCUGUGGACUGCCAAUGAACGCCUUCGAUGACCUUAAGGAUGUAAUGCGUGCGGAAGUUGUCGAACGCUUCCGGACGGUUUAUGAAACGGUAGACGAUAUUGAUCUGUUUCCCGCCGGCAUUGCCGAAGAGCCGUUGCAUGACGGACUCCUGGGUCCGACGUUUACCUGUCUGCUGACCAAACAGUUUGUGCAUCUGAAGCGCGGCGAUCGGUUCUGGUACGAGAACGAUGUACAGCCCAACGCUUUCACAUCAGAGCAACUUUACGAACUCAGGAGGAGCAGUAUAGCCCGGAUUAUCUGCGAUAAUUCCGAUGAAGUAGAGACUGUACAGCCCAACGCCUUCGUCCAUGUAUUGCCGUUAGUAAAUGAGAGAGUGCCAUGUAAAGGACCGUUUCUCCCGCGCGUGAAUUUGCAAGCAUGGAAAGAAGUUCCGCGGGAAGCAGCGGAGCUGAAGAGCGCCAUUCAUGACGCCGUGCAGCAGAGUGUUCUGCCCAGGCCGCCGGGCAGCUACGGGGAGGCCGGCUACUCGUGA